AAAGUGAAUGAUUUCAUAAUAGUAUGAUAAAAAGUAUAUAAAUGAAAUUACUUCAAUUCUAAGGAAUAUAAGAUUGAUUCUGUCCCAAUUUAUUCGUAGUUGUUUUAAUGCACUAAGCCUAAAAAUAACUUAAAAAGAUGAAUAGAGAUAGCGAAAUUGGUGAUGGUAAAAUGGAGAAGGCACCUCCUACACUCCCAAUUAAUCACCGAUUUUUGGAGCCAGAGAAAGCAGUAAAAUCAAUAACAGAUAUGGCAAUUUGGGAGAAAUCUGAAGCUUAUAUGGAGUACACAGGCUUUAUAGCUACUCUUAAUGAAGCAAUUAAAGGAAAACCACUGUCAGUAGACUGCAAAAUUUCAAAUAAUGUCUCUAGAUUUGUAAAACUUUUGGAAAAAAUUAAUAAAACAAUAGACGAGUUUCCACCAGUUGUACAGCCACAGAGAUUUGGUAACACUGCAUUCAGAGACUGGCUAGCUAAAGUAAAACAGAAUUCCUCUGAAUUUCUCCAAGAAGCCUUACAUCCACAGUUGCAUUUAGCCAUACCUGAGAUAAAGGUGUAUUUAGAGGAGAGUUUUGGUAAUGCUACAAGAAUUGACUAUGGAACAGGACAUGAAAUGUCUUUCAUUAUGUUUCUUUGCUGUUUGUACAAAAUUGGUGCCUUGGAUGUUGAGGAUAAUGUCGCUACAGUGUUCUUUAUAUUUAAUAAUUAUUUACAAAUUGCUAGAAGGCUACAACAGACAUAUAGGAUGGAGCCAGCUGGCAGUCAUGGUGUAUGGAGUUUGGAUGACUAUCAGUUUGUUCCUUUCAUUUGGGGAAGUUCACAACUAGUCGAUCAGCCUAGAAUAUACCCACCAGUAAAGUUUCUGGAAGACGAUGUCAUCGAUAAGUAUGCUGAUGAAUAUAUGUUCCUCUCUUGUAUUAAGUACAUUAAAGAAGUUAAAAAAGGCCCAUUUGCCGAACACUCAAACCAGCUCUGGAGCAUCAGCGCUGUCGGUUCGUGGAGUAAAAUCAAUCAAGGUUUGAUUAAAAUGUACAAAAAAGAAGUACUCGCUAAGUUCCCCGUCAUACAACAUGUUCUCUUUGGAUCUCUUCUUCCAAUUCGAAGAUUCCCUAUUCAACAAUGAAAAAAUAUGUAGCUCUGCUUUUUAUUUUAACUAGACUUAUAAUAAGAGACUUACAAGUUUAUUACUAAUGUUAUUUAUUUUAUUAUCCUAAAUCAUUAACUGUUAUCUUUUAUUCAGUAUUAAAAAUAUUUUCUUUUAUAUAAGUGUCUAUGCACUUGAAAUAUUGGUCUGAAUCAAAUAAUGAAAUGUGAUAUUAAAUUAAAGAUAUAUAUGAAUAUAAUAUAUCAAAAUUCUUGUUGUGUGAAAGUUUUCUUUUGAUUAAAUUUUUUAUACACUAAAAUGCAUGAACGUAGAUGAUGUUCACAAAAGAUUUUGAUUGAAAACACAUCUUAAAAGAGUGUAGAAGUAUGCUCAACUUUUUAUAUUAUUUUGUACAUUUCAAGUCAUUCAGUAGCUGUGUUAAAAGUAUAAUAAUAAAAUACUACCACUAGA